GCUCGAUCGCUCAGCGGUUCAGUUGAUAAUUGAGCGGUGCAGGGAGCACAUCGACUAGCAGCGGACCUAAGUGGACAACAAAACAUAGCAUGAUCGCAAAUCUGAGGCAUUUGACGGGCCGCCUAGCGGUGCAGCGUGGCCUGCUGCAGCAGCAGCAGCUGCGCAUGGCCUCGUAUCUGAUCGACCAGCCCGAGUACGGUUUCCUCAAGGAUCUCGGACUGGAGCGCGACAAUCCCGGCGUCUAUUCUGGCCACUGGCAGGGCCGCGGACAGAGCAUCACCAGCUACGAUCCUGGCACCGGUCAGCCAAUUGCCUCAGUGCGUCAGGGCACGGUGCAGGAGCUACAUCAGACCAUCGGCCUGACCGUCGAGGCCUACAGGCAGUGGCGACAGGUGCCCGCCCCGGUGCGUGGUGAGAUCGUGCGKCAGAUUGGCGACGAGCUGCGCAAAUACAAGGAGCCACUGGGCAAACUUGUCUCCCUCGAGGUGGGCAAGAUCUACAGCGAGGGCCAGGGCGAGGUGCAGGAGUUCAUCGACAUCUGCGACUAUGCUGUCGGCCUGUCGCGCAUCUACUCCGGCCAGCUCAUCAAUUCGGAGCGUGCCCAGCACACCAUCUUGGAGGCGUGGCGUCCACUUGGCCUGGUCGGCGUCAUAUCCGCCUACAACUUCCCCAAUGCCGUCUUCGGCUGGAAUGCGGCUAUCGCUCUGGUCACUGGCAACGGUGUGCUCUGGAAGGGCGCGCCCAGCACUCCGCUCGUCUCCGUGGCCACCACCCGCAUUGUGGCCGAGGUGCUGCAGCGCAACAAUCUGCCGGCCGUGGUCAGCCUCUGCCAG